GUAGGGGAGGGGGGUAACUAUAUGGGAGUGGUGCGCAUGCGCCCUAGGUGGCGGGGCUGAAUGUUUCCCAAGUGUUUGAAACUGGUAUUUGGGUUUUCCACGUUGGAUCAAGUGCGGCGUAUAGGGAAGGCUGCAUUAAUAUCCACCGGUGGAACAGGACCAGCUUCAUUCGCCGAGAGGGGCUUCUCCUCCCUUUUACCAGGUUGGCUCCCCCCGCAACAGAUCUUAUUUGUGCGGUUUUUUUUUAAGAGCUUCCUCUCCCCGUUCUCCCUCCCCUCUCUUGUACACACGCACACACACACACAAAUCCCUCUGAUUGUUCCUACCACCUCCUUGGUGAGUUACCGACAACGACAGCCAUUCAAUCAGCUGCUACUGCUGCUCUGAGGCUGUAGCGACUCGCGGACUGUGAGCCUGUCUGCCUGCCUUUCUGCUCUCGGAAGAAAAGACUCAGAUGAAGCUUUUUUUGGUGGUCUUUUUGGUUAGAUCCAAGGAACGGGAGACGGAAAGAGUGGCGGCGGAGAACUGAGCCUCUGCGAUUGGGGCUGCUGUGUUUGAAAGGAAAACUCUCGCCCAUUAGGGGUGAGAGAGGAGGAGAUAUAUAUACACAAUUUUCGGCCGGAUGAAAAUGUUGAAUCCUGCAAAUGGAGAGCAGCUUCAUUUAGCGAACUAUGUGGAGGAUUACCUGGACUCCAUCGAAUCUCUGCCCUUCGAUCUGCAGAGAAAUGUCUCCCUGAUGCGGGAAAUUGACGCCAAAUAUCAAGAGAUCUUAAAGGAGCUGGAUGAUUGUUAUGAAAAAUUCAAACGAGAGACUGAUGCAGGACAAAAGAGGAGGCUGUUGCACUGCAUACAGAGAGCACUGAUCCGGAGUCAAGAACUGGGAGAUGAAAAAAUUCAAAUCGUCAGCCAAAUGGUAGAACUUGUUGAGAACAGAACUAGGCAAGUUGAUAGUCAUGUAGAACUGUUUGAAACCUGCCAAGAGACCAAUGACACCACUGGAAACAGUGGCAAAAUUAACCAAGAUAAGUCAAAGAAUGAGACAAUCACUCAGGCCGAGAAACCAAACAACAAACGGUCCAGGCGACAAAGAAAUAAUGAGAAUCGCGAGAAUGCUUCUAAUAAUCACGAUCAUGAUGAUAUCUCCUCAGGAACUCCAAAGGAGAAGAAAGCAAAAAAGUCCAAUAAAAAGAAGAGGUCCAAAGCCAAAGCAGAGAGGGAGGCUUCUCCAGCUGACCUCCCCAUUGAUCCCAAUGAGCCAACCUACUGUCUGUGUAAUCAGGUCUCCUAUGGAGAAAUGAUAGGCUGUGAUAAUGACGAGUGCCCAAUUGAAUGGUUUCACUUCUCAUGUGUGGGACUCAAUCAUAAACCAAAGGGCAAGUGGUACUGUCCCAAAUGUAGAGGAGAGAAUGAGAAAACUCUGGACAAAGCACUGGAGAAAUCUAAAAAAGAAAGGGCCUAUAACAGGUAGUUUCUAAAUCUGAAGAGAAUAAAGCAGUGAAAACAUUUAUUCUCUGUCUCACCUUUUGUGGAGGUGCCAGGAUUGUAAAAUGUAUAUUUUUAAAGGAGGUUAUGAAUCAAAGCAAUUUUGUAAUGGGGACAGCAAUAAAGGAAAUAUUUGUUCUUUCCUUUGAUACAGCUGUUCACAAGAAAAUGGUCUGUGGGCCAAAACAUACAGUGAAGUAAUAAGAGUUGACAUGUAAAAUUCAGGUUCUUCUUAACGAAUUUUCCCCCCAAAAUUUGGUAAAACUCUGCCCAUGGAAAUGUAGAUAGUAAACAUGUAUUGGAUACCAUUCCUUUUUUUCUCUAAAAGGAAUGCUGUUGAACUUUCCAGAAAGUGGUUCUAUAGUCUGUUGAAAAAAUCAGCAGUGGAUUGCAAAAUUAUAAAACACAUUGAUCUAAUCUAACAUAGGAGUGUAGUAUGUUUAUGCCCAUUGAUUUCAGUGAACUUAAAUGUACUUAACUCUGAUUUGGAUUCUGGCCAUUUACUUGGAAAGAAGUUAUGUUUGUUUCAGUCAUAGCUACUUCUAAUAAUGUGGUUUAGGAUUGCAGCUUUACACCCUCUUUUAAACAACUUAAUGGGAAUUAAGGCCCAUCACUUUCAGCGGGACUUGCUUCCAAGGGAUGUGUUUAAGGUCAGGGUGCUAAUUUCUUCUGAUGACGAUCAAUGCAAUAGCAAAGAAGAAGUUACAGUAUGGCUCCUGUUAAAUGUGUCAGUCUAGCAGCUCAGUAAAAAAUGUUUAACUAUAGUUAACAAGCUUAUUUUUUAAAAAAUGCAAAAGGUUAAAUUUUACACAACAUAUUUUAUAUACCGGCCAAGUACCACAAGGGCCUUUUUAAAAUGAUUUAGUAUAUUUUGUAUUUAACCAGGAAGUGGUUUAGUAAUGAAACUUAACAUAAAUGAAAGCUUUAUACUGUCACAGGUAAUAGUGUAGCAGUCUUUACUUUGUAUAAGUUGUAAAAAUGUACAUUUUCAAGGGGAGUUGCACUUAACUGUAUUAUAAUUGGAAAUGCAUCCACAUCCCAUGGUGUAGCCAAUAUGCAUUUCCUUCUGUAUGUAUGAAAAUUGUACAGCUGUGAUAUUAAGGAAUAAAUUAAACAAGUUGGAUAGGCUUGUUCACUUGCACUUGCUAUCUCUUCCCUCCCAAUUUCUUGUAUUAAAU